AUGCAAAGGAUCAGGAAGUCCUUCAAAUCUUAUGGUUCCUCCAAACAAUCCAAAAGGUUUUCCGGCACCGGAAACCCAAAUUCUGACCACGAGCAUCUUCCUAUUCUCCUCGAACAACAAGAAGCGCACCGCGACAACGAAAUGCACACUGACGACUACGUCGUCAAAAUCGAUGACGCCAAUAAUCCUUCGAAGGGAAAUAAGAUUUGGCGCAGAUCAAGUUACGAAUUUUGGGGUGGCGAAGGCUCCUCCGCUGCUGCUGCCGACGACGACAGUUUCGAUUUUCGUCAGGCGGAAGACCCGCCGUCGCAGUUGAUCGGGCGCUUCCUCCACAAACAGAAGGCCUCCGGGGAAUUACAACUCGAUAUGGAUUUGGAGAUGGAGGAACUCCAGCGCGAGACCGAAGAAGGAAGGUUAACGCCGGUGGAAGAGUCUCCGAUGAACUACCGCACCUCCAGGGAGCUGAAAGUCUCCUUCGAUGAACCCUCUUCCAGCAUGAAUCUCGGGCAGAACGACGUCUUCAGGAGAAGGCACAGCAAGGAGUCGCCAUCGUUAACGGAUUACAACCGCCCACCACAACCGCCGCAGCAUGAUCGUCGCCGCUCGCCUUCGCCGUCGCCUAGCAGCGACGGCGAGGUUCUGCGGUGCACCUCGAACGCUUCCUUCGAGAGAAACCUCUCCAUGCAGAGAAAAUCAGCGUUGUUGAAGGCGAAAACGAGGUCCAGGUUGAUGGACCCGCCAGACGAAUCGAGUCGAGUUUUAAAAUCGGGUCAGCUUGUUUCAGGGUUUCUAGGGAAGAAAGGCGACGAGGAGGAGGAUGAUCCGUUUUUGGAAGACGAUCUUCCUGAUGAACUUACGAAGACUCAUUUCAGCUUCUGGAUUCUUCUGGAGUGGGUGAGUUUGGUUUUGAUCAUUGGGUUGUUGAUAACUACCCUUUGCAUUCCUUUUCUGAGGGAUAAGGAUAUGUGGCAGCUAAGGUUGUGGAAAUGGGAGGUUAUGGUUCUGGUUUUGAUCUGUGGGAGGUUGGUGUCUGAUUGGGUUGUUAGGAUUGCUGUGUUCUGUAUUGAGAGGAACUUCCUUUUGAGGAAGAGGGUGUUGUAUUUUGUGUACGGUGUGAAGAAGGCGGUUCAGAAUUGUGUUUGGUUGGGGCUCGUGUUGAUUGCGUGGCAUUUGUUGUUUGACAAGAGGGUGCAGAAGGAGGCCCACAGUGGUUUCCUGGAGUAUGUUAAUAAGGUGUUGGUGUGUUUCCUUGUGGGGACUUUGGUGUGGUUGCUGAAGACUCUCGUGGUUAAGGUCUUGGCCUCUUCUUUCCAUGUGAGUACCUACUUUGAUAGGAUUCAGGAGUCACUGUUUAAUCAGUUUGUGAUUGAGACGCUUUCGGGGCCUCCUUUGGUGGAGAUUAAGAGGGCUGAGGAGGAGGAGGAGAGGCUUGCUGAGGAGGUACAGAAGCUGCAGAAUGCUGGGGUUACCAUACCCCCUGACCUUAGGGCAACUGCUUUUUCUACUAAUAAGAGUGGGAGGUUGAAGAGUGGAAUGCUCCCCAAGAGCCCUAUAGGUAGGAGUGGCAAGUUUUCGCACCCUCUUUCUAAGCAUUCUGACGAUGGGAAUGUCAUCACCAUCGAUAACCUGCAUAAGCUCAAUCCCAACAAUGUGUCUGCCUGGAAUAUGAAAAGGUUGAUGAACAUGGUCCGGCAUGGGGCCCUUUCUACCUUAGAUGAACAGAUACUUGACAAUGCCCAUGACGAUGAGAAGAACACGCAAAUUAGAAGUGAAAUUGAGGCAAAAGCUGCUGCUAAAAAAAUAUUUCAUAAUGUUGCUAGGCGUGGGUGCAGGUUUAUAUACCCGGAUGACUUGAUGCGGUUUAUGCAAGAAGAUGAAGCUGCAAAAACUAUGAAUCUCUUCGAAGGAGCAUCUGAUUCUGGAAAAAUAAGUAAAGCAGCCUUGAAGAACUGGGUGGUCAAUGCCUUCAGGGAGAGGAAAGCACUUGCUUUGACACUGAAUGACACCAAAACGGCAGUGAACAAACUUCAUCGAAUGCUCAAUUUUAUAGUUGCAAUCGUUAUAGUGAUUAUUUGGCUCUUGUUAUUAGAACUUGCCACCACCAAAUUUCUUGUCUUUUUGAGUUCACAGAUUGUCUUGGUUACAUUUAUAUUUGGAAACACCUGCAAGACCAUAUUUGAAGCAAUUAUUUUCCUUUUUGUCAUGCAUCCUUUUGAUGUGGGAGAUAGAUGUGAAAUUGAUGGGGUUCAGAUGAUUGUAGAAGAAAUGAACAUAUUGACAACCAUAUUUUUGAAAUUUGAUAAUCAUAAGGUCAUCAUCCCUAACAGUGUCCUUGCUACCAAAGCUAUAUUUAACUAUUACCGGAGUCCUGACAUGUCAGAUAUUAUCGAAUUCUACGUACAUAUGUGUACUCCAAUUGAUAAGAUUUCCCUUAUCAAACACAGAAUAGAAAAUUUCUGUGAUAACAAGAAGGAGCACUGGUAUCCUGCACCUACUGUAGUAGUCAGGGAUCAUUAUUCAUUAGACAUGGUGAAAAUGGCUAUCUGGCCAAAUCAUAGGAUGAACUUCCAAGACCAGGUAGAAAGGUAUGUGAGGAGAUCCCUUUUGCUUGAAGAGUUGAUGAAGAUUUUCAGGGAGCUCGACCUUAAUUACCGUUUCCUGCCUAUGGACGUUAACGUGAGAGCCGUGCCUACCUUUUCUGAAAGGCUUCCACCUAGUUGGGCAUCGAUUGCAAGUUGA